AUGGCAUAUUCGAUCACCGCGCACUAUGCCGGCCAGCGGCUGCUAGAUAGCUUCAACUUCUUCACCGGAGUCGACCCCAAUCACGGCUUUGCGAACUACCAGAGUAAGGAAGACGCCCUAGCCCAGGGACUCGUGUCUAUCAACACGGACUACAAUGCCGUCAAGCUGGGCGUCGAUGCGAGUAAUACGUACUUGACUAGCGAUAAGGGGCGACCGAGUAUCCGACUUACUAGCAAUGACACCUUCACCCAUGGGCUUUUCAUUGCAGACUUCGCCCAUAUGCCAGCAUCGACGUGCGGCACAUGGCCCGCUUUCUGGGCAUUCAAUAACCAGGACGGCACCACGUGGCCGGAAGGGGGGGAGCUGGAGAUUAUCGAGGGCGCAAACAACGCUCACAGAAACUUGUUUUCUGCUCACACUGCCGCUGGGUGCCAUGCGCCAGUGGACGGGUUCUCGGGCGAACAGAUCCGCAGUGACUGCUCACCAGAUACAUACAAUAUCGGGUGCAAUUACGCCCCCCCGACCUCGGACACGGCGUCGUACGGCGACGCCUUCAACGCGGAGGGCGGCGGCGUGUACGCCCUCGAGUGGGACGCUACCGCCUUGAAGCUGUGGCACUUCCCACGCUCGACGAUCCCGGACAACAUCGUGUACGCGCCCGCCGUCGGCCCGGACCCGUCGACCUGGGGGCCGCCGCAGGCCGUGUUCGGCGGCCCCGGCUGCGACCCCGACACCUACUUCUUCAAUCUGAGUCUCGUACUCAGCAUCAACUUCUGUGGCGAUUACGCAGGCGCGCUCUGGCGCCGAACCGACCAGUGCGCCCAGCUGGCACCGACGUGCGAGGACUUUGUCGCGGGGAGUCCGGCGAACUUUGCGGACACGUAUUGGGACGUCGGCUACAUCGAUGUGUACCAGAAGGCCGCGGCGGCAGCCGCCGCCGUUGUCCCGCGGGAUGUGGCGCCGACGCAAACGCGAACCAUCACUAUUGCACGCCACUAUCCCCGGCAAUCCGGCACCCUCGGCAUCCGUAUCCGAGUCACCGUCGCACGCCAGUUGGAUCUGGGCUUUGGGGGAGAGUCCACUGGCGAGCCUCGAUAG